AUGGGUGCCGACUGGAACCUAGGAGACCAACAACCGUAUAAUGGCAAUGCCCUAGUGGGACCUACUGCCGCCAUUGCUGUCGUGCAAAUUGGCUUCGUUGCAGCGAGAUUCUAUACUCGGUUUAUGCAGCGGAUGAAGAUUGGUGCCGACGACUAUCUGAUCCUACUUGCCCUAUGCACCCUUGCCCUCCAAAUACUCGAUUACCCCUUCACAAUCACCCCGGCCAAAAUGGCCGUGCUAUUAUUCUAUCUACGCAUUUUUACAACCCGAAAGUUCCAGAUCCUCGUCUACAUAGUAGGAUCACUGGUUCUUGCGCUGGGAGUCAGCGUUCUUCUGGAGAACUUCCUCCAAUGUCAGCCAUUGGCGUACAUGUGGGAUCGAAGCAUCCCCGGUGGGAAGUGCAUUCAUCCAGUCGACGCUUAUCGAAUUUUCGCCCCAGUUAAUGUCCUUACUGGUGUGCUGAUCCUUGUGAUGCCCAUCCCGGCUGUCUGGAAGUUGCAUGCACCCAGAGCGCAGAAACUAGCCGUGACGGGUGUUUUUCUGUUGGGUGGACUAGGAAACGUGGCAAGCAUUUUGAAAAUGGUGCUAAACUUCACCGGGUCAAAUUUCGCUAGGGAGGACCCAACGUGGUUCGCGGCCAAAUACGGUGUCCUAACGAUUCUUGAAGGCAGCUUGAUUAUCGUCGCUGCUUGCAUUAUCAGCAUUUGGCCUCUUUUCACCCAAGUCAUGCCCCGGCGUUUUCGAACAACGUUCGCUCGAUCCACGGCUCGUAGGAGUCACCGGUCCUGGUAUUCGAGAGAAACACCCACGGAAAGCGAAAGUCGAGAAGGCAUUGCACAUCCUAGAGAGGUUCAUUUACUAAGAGAGAAAUACUGGAGUAGCCCGCCAUCCUCGCCAUCCUCUUUGGCAGAUUUGGAGGACCAGAGAUGGUCGAUCCUUAUGGACGGCGAAGUAGGUGGCUCUCAUCAAAGUGGUGGGGUGGGUCAAAAUAUAAGUACUUUAUAUCUAUCAAUAUAUAAUGAAUGA